AAAUAAACGAUGUCUAGCUCAACUACUUUGGGGGAUUCAGAGAAUGCCAACCAAAGAAUGUCAAUAGGAUCACCUUUCAAUGUGAAUGGAAAGAGAGUCCCAGUCUCUACACCUGAUUCAUAUUAUCCUUCCAAAAAAAGUCAGCGUUUGUCGUUUAAUACAGAAAGAUUAAGUUUACAUGGUGAUAAUUCUGUUGGACCACAAAGAAGGAUGAGUAGUAGCAUUGUAGAUUGGCAAUUACAAGAUCAACAAAAGAUAUUUGAAGGGCAGACACCUCUAUUCAAUCAUGAUCUUAUAGAACAAGAUCAAAACCAGGAACAAGAUCAACAAGAACUAACUGGUCAAGAUCAACGAAUGAUGGAUGAAGAAUUCAUGUCAGGGUUACAAUUUGAAGCAACACAGUAUACAGAGUCAACUUUACAAAGAAAUAGAGAUCGAGAUUCCUUGAUGUCACUUGUAAAUGAUUCACAGUCUUCAAAUCCAAGAGCAAGCUUACUGCUUCGACCAUUUAGACAGUCAGAACUUUUAAUAAAAUUUAAUACGGGAGAUAAAUCAGUACCUAAAAAGUUUAUAACAGAUCCACGCAACAUCAAAGAUGGCGAUGUACAAAGACGUUAUCUACGUGCUAUUAUUGAAUAUUUAAAGAAAACUCGUUAUGAAGGGCCACCCCCACCACGUAAUAUUCGUAGUCUUGGAUCCAAAGACUUUCAAGCGAUUUUCAAACAUUUAACUCGUCGAUUAUUACCCAACUAUAUAUUUAAUAAAAAGUUUGAAGAGGAGGUCUUGGUAUUACUUCGAAAGUUCAAUUAUCCUAUGGUGGAUACAAUUAAUGCUAAGACAUUGAUGUCUGUCGGUGCUCUGCACUCGACUCCUACCUUCUUUGGCUUACUACAUUAUCUUGUAGAGUGUUGUAAGGCUGCUGAUUUGGUAGAGGAGGACGAAUUGCCAAGUCCUGAACACAAAGCAAAAUUUGAUAGGAAUGGAUUAUGUAAAUUAUUUCAUGAUUAUACUAUGGAAUCAUAUCAACAUCAUAUGGAAGGAAUGAAUGACCCAAAGAUAUCAAGAAACAAUUUAAAAACGAUUUUUGAAAGAUUAAAUAUGGAAAAUAUAAAGACAGUCGAGGAUUAUUCUGUUAAAAAUACUACGUUAAGAGAAAAGAUCAAUACUAUUAAUUCAGACAAGUCAAAUUUAAAUGCCUUGAAAGUAGAAAAUGAGAGAUAUGUUAGAGAUUCUCAUAAAUACGAUGUAAAUAUAGCACAUCAAAAAAGAAGGGCCCAAAACUAUGAUUAUCGAUGUAAACGUGCUGAAGCGGAGGAAAGUGUGUUAAAACAGCAAUUAGCAGAACUACAAAGGAAUUUAGAAGAAGCUGACAGCAAAGUAAAGCAACUCAAUAUUUCCGAAAAGGAACUCAUUAAAAAUGUUAAAGAGCGUAAUCGUCUUCAAAAAGAUUGUGCGACUACUUCUGCCAAACUAGAAGAACUUCAAAAAUCAUAUAAUGAAAAAUUAAAUAAAUUGACGCAAUUAACCGAACAAACUAAAGCAGAUAUUCAUGAAUAUAAUUCAAAAGCAAAAAAUAUACCCUCAAGUAACGAAGAUAUCACAAUAAAUUAUGAUUCUGAUGAAACAACACUCAAUGAUAUAACCCAAGCUUCUAUUGACAAGACCUUAUCUGUACUUGAAUCAUUCGAUAAAGCGGCUAAAGCUGAAUUUCAAGACAUCCAAGACAAUACAAGGCCUCUAAGAGAUAGUCUAGAAAAUUUAAAAAUUGCAGUUAAAGAGAAAGAGGAGGAAUUCAAGAUGCUGGAAAAGCAGGUGAACAAAAUAAUAGAAAGCUAUGAAACUCAACAUACUCAAUUUUUAAGUGAAAACGAACAAUACAAUUUACUGAUUGAUAAGCAUGAUAGAGAUCUUGAAGAAAAAAGGUCCAGAGCAAGAGAAUCAAUGCUUGAAGCAAGAAAUCGUCAAUAUGAUGUAGAUAAAAAAUUGAGUGAAAUUACACAAAGAUUUGAAGUUGAAAAGUCAACGAUAGUUAAGAAAGUCAAUCAAUUCUUAUCGAUACUAGAUGUUUUUACACGUAUAUCAGAUGAAGCACAACAAUUCUCUGGGUUAAUCAUGAAGCAAUACGAAGACAUGACAGGCGCUUUAAAAAAGAUGUAGAGUUUUCCUUUCUUUUUCUUUUCUUUUUUUUCUUUUCUUUUCUUUUUUUUUUUAUUUUUUUUUAUUACUUUU